AUGAAUAUUGAGUUCAACGAGCUCUCUACUCCAUCCCGGCCCCCUUUUUCUAAUCUCUCUUUAUCUACAUUCAUUUCUGUCCGCUUGCCUCAGGGGCCGACUCAGAUGGACCCGAAAUGGCCUUUUCCCCGCCACGUCAUAAUCCCUAGUAUCCGACGAUUCCGGACUCGAGACCCCAAACUUGGUCAGGAGCCUCUGGGGAUGGUGCGCUGUGACUUCAAAUCCCACUGCUCUCCCAGCCGUGACAAGGACUGGGGUUUCUCAAGGAAAGCAGGAUACAGCGGCGCGAGGAACAGCCAGCUCGCUACUAUGGCUGGAUUACUGGAGUCUUAUGAAACACAGGAGAGGGCGGUUUCAGACUCAAUUUCCCGACGGGCCCCUCGGCGGCGGCAGCGGCCUUUCUGCUCCUCCCCCGACUCCUCAGGAAUCCAGCGCGCAGGCGCAGUGCCGUCGCCGCCGCCGCCGCCGAGCCGACUGAGCAUGUGCACAGCGCCCGGCGGGCUGAUUUGCAUAUUUAAAGGGACACGGUCACCUAUUUUUACCGCCGACAUCGAAUGUGUUUUCACGGAGAAAGAGAGAGAGGGAGAGAAGGUUCCAGAAACAACCCCUCCGCCCGUCCGACCCGCACCGUUCGCCGGGGCCCGAAGACCGUCGGCCACGUGGAAGGAGGGGGGGUGGGGGAGCGGCGCCCCCGGCGCGGACCCACCGAACGCCUGCCCCGCCUGCGGACGCAGGUUCAGAGGACCCACCGACCUCCAGAGGCACCAGUGGCAGCGGGGCCGGGAGCGGGGGGGGGGGGGCCGCGGGAGGGGGUUCGGCCACCCCUUCGAGCUGGAGGCCCACCGGCGCGCCCACCCCGGGGAGCGGCCCCUCGCCUGCCCCGAGUGCGGGAGGGGCUUCGCCCGCGCCUCCGACCUGGUGAGGCACCGGCGGGCCCACACCGGGGAGCGGCCCUUCCCCUGCUCAGCCUGCGGCAAGGGGUUCGCCCAGUCCUCCGACCUCCUGGCCCACCGGCGGGUCCACACCGGCGAGCGGCCCUUCGCCUGCCCCCAGUGCGGGAGGGGCUUCACCCGCCCGUCCGACCUGCUGACCCACCGGCGGGUCCACACCGGCGAGCGGCCCUUCACCUGCCCCGCCUGCGGGCAGGGGUUCACCCGGUCCUCCCACCUGCUGAGGCACCGGCGCGUCCACACCGGGGAGAGGCCCUUCACCUGCUCCGAGUGCGGGCAGGGAUUUAACCAGUCGUCCCACCUCCUGACGCACCGGCGGGUCCACGCGGGGGAGAGGCUGUUCCCCUGCCCCGAGUGCGGGAAGGGCUUCACCCGGUCCUCCGACCUACUGGCGCACCAGCGGGCCCACACCGGCGAGCGGCCCUUCACCUGCCCCGAGUGCGGCAAGGGCUUCGCCCAGUCCUCCCACCUCCUGACCCACCGGCGUGUCCACAGCGGGAAGAGGCCGUUCCCCUGCUCCGAGUGCGGCAAGCGAUUCCCCCGAUCCUCCGACCUGCUGACCCACCAGCGCAUCCACACCGGGGAGAGGCCCUUCCCCUGCUCGGCCUGCGGGAGGUGCUUCACUCAGUCGUCCCACUUGCUGAGACACCAGCGCGUCCACACCGGGGAGAGGCCCUUCACCUGCUCGGCCUGCGGGAAGGGCUUCACUCGGUCCUCCCACCUGCUGAGACACCAGCGCGUCCACACUGGGGAGAGGCCAUGCAAGUGCGGGGACUGCGGGAAGGGCUUCAGUUACCCCUCCGAGCUGGAGACCCACCGGCGCAGCCACACCGGCGAGCGGCCCUUCGCCUGCCCCGUCUGCGGCAAAGGGUUCGCCCUGUCCUCCCUCCUGCUGCGGCACCAGCGGGUCCACACCGGCGAGCGGCCCUUCACCUGCUCCAAGUGCGGCAGGGGCUUCAACCAGUCCUCCCACCUGCUCAGGCACCAGCGGGUCCACACCGGCGAGCGGCCCUUCACCUGCUCCGUCUGCGGCAAGCGCUUCACCCGCCUGUACGACCAGCUGCGGCACCAGCAAGUCCACACCGGCGAGAGGCCCUUCCCCUGCUCCGUCUGCGGCAAGGAAUUUGGCCGCUCCUGCAACCUGCUGCGGCACCUGCGUGUCCACACCGGGGAGAGGCCCUUCGGCUGCGCCGUCUGCGGCAAGCGGUUCAACCAGCUGUCCCACCUCUGCAAGCACCAGCAGCGGCACAGCCGGGACACGGGCCUGAGGAGCCCCAAGAAGAAGAAGCCACUGAAGAGGCAACAGCGGCGGGUCCGCGCCGUAGAGAGACCGCUCACGUGCCCCGAGUGCGGCAAGGAGUUCGCCAAGCCCUCCACCCUGCUGCGGCACCGGCGGCUCCACACCGGCGAGCGGCCCUUCACCUGCUCCCUCUGCGGCAAAGGGUUCACCGAUUCGUCCACCCUGCUGCGGCACCAGCGGCUCCACACCGGCGAGCGGCCCUUCACCUGCUCCCUCUGCGAGAAGAGGUUCACCGAGUCGUCCACCCUGCUGCGGCACCAGCGGGUCCACACCGGCGAGCGGCCCUUCAUCUGCUCCGUGUGCGGAAGGGGCUUCAACCAGUCCUCCCACCUGCUGACCCACCGGCGGCUGCACACCGGCGAGCGGCCCUUCACCUGCCCCGUGUGCGGGAAGGGCUUCACCCGGUCCUCCGACCUGCUGAGGCACCAGCGCGUCCCCGUGGGGGAGCGGCCCUUCACCUGCACCGCCUGCGGCAAGCGCUUCACCCGAUCGUCCGACCUGCUGCGGCACCAGCGCGUCCACACCGGCGAGAGGCCCUUCGGCUGCGCCGCCUGCGGGAGGCGGUUCAACCAGCUGUCCCACCUCUGCAAGCACCAGCAGCGGCACAGCCGGGACACGGACCCGAGGAGCCCCAAGAAGAAGAAGCCGCCGAAGAGGCAGCAGCAGCGGGCCCGUGCCGGGGAGAGGCCCUUCCCCUGCUCCGAGUGCGGCAAGCGGUUCACCCGCUCCUCCCACCUGCUGAGGCACCGGCGGGUCCACACCGGGGAGAGGCCCUUCGCCUGCUCGGCCUGCGGGAAGGAGUUCGCCCUGUCGUCCACUCUGCUGCGUCACCAGCGGGUCCACACCGGGGAGAGGCCCUUCCCCUGCCUCUUGUGCGGGAAGCGGUUCACCCAGUCCUCCCACCUGCUGACCCACCAGCGCGUCCACACGGGGGAGAGGCCCUUCUCCUGCUCCGUGUGUGGGAAGCGAUUCACCCGAUCGUCCCACCUGCAGAAACACCAAGGACUUCACACGUGACUGCACUCCUCCGAUUCUGCCAUCUACAAGAUGCACUGCCGCAACUCACCAAGGCUCCUUCGACAGCACCUUCCAAACCCACGACCACCACCAUCCAGAAGGACAAGGGCAGCA